AAAAAUUAAUUUUAAAUAAAAAUAAAAAUAAAAUAAAAUAUUAAAAAUUGCUAAUUAAAUCAUUUGCCUAGGCACAUAUUAUUGGGAAGAGCCGCUGGCUCCUCUGAGUCUGCUGCAAUGGAUUCCCUCCCUCUCAAUUGCUCCAAGCCCAUCAGAUCAGCAGCCACAGCCAACAGAUUACACGCCCUUAUUCACUCCAUACCCUUAGCCUCCUUCAUAUAUUACAGAGCAUCUUCUCUGCUCUCCUCUGCCACAAAUAGGGCAACCUCUCAAAAGAGAGCACUUGUUUCAGAGCUUUUGAUCUUUGCUUCUAAGCUGCUUCUAUCCAUCCUCUGGCUUCUCAACCAAGCUUUUCUAUGGCCACCCAUUUCCCGGGAUGUCUUCCCGGAGAGGUUGCCGGCUGACGAAAAGCUGCCCGCCAUCGACGUUUUCGUGGUCACUGCGAAUCCGAGGAAGGAGCCGCUGCUGGGGGUCAUGAACACUGUUCUGUCGGCCAUGGCGCUCGAUUACCCGCCGGAUAAGCUGUCGGUGUAUCUCUCCGACGACGAGGCUUCUCCCCUGACUUAUUUCGCGGUUCAGGAGGCGUCGGUGUUUGCGAGGUCGUGGCUUCCGUUCCGCCGGAGGUAUGGUAUUCAGUGCCGGUGCCCGGAGGCUUACUUUUCAGAUCCGGAAUAUGAGCAGUUUCAGCAGCAGAGUUGUUUUGGAGGCAAGAGCAAGAGACAAGAUCGAGGAUAAUAUUCAGACCUUUCAAAAAUCCAUGCUUCCUGAGCGGCGUAAUAAGUCAGAGGAGAAGCCCCGUCGUCGGAGAGAACACCGACAGCUUUUCCGGUGGGUAAUCCAGCGCCAUGGCAGACAGAACAGUGUUCAUAAACUCCAGCGGCGGCUCCUUUCUCGGAUCGGCGGUGACGGCGAAAACGUCGAUGGCGGCCAGCUCUUCGUCCCCCGGCAAUCUCUCCGGGAAGACAGUCCGGGAAAUGGGAUUCCAUAGAUAGGCUUGGUUGAGGAGCCAGAAGCAGGAGAGAAGCAGUUCAGAAGCAAAGAUCAAAAGCUCUGAAACAGGUGCUCUAUUUUGUGGGGUUGCUUUGUUUGUGGCAGAGGAGAGCAGAGAAGAUGCUCUGUAAUAGAUAAAGGAGGCCAAAGCAAUGGAGUGAAGAAGGGCGUGGAAUGUGUUGGUGAUGGCGGACGAUCUGUGGGGUUUACAGAGAUGGGGAGGGAGAGAAUCCAUUUGAGCAGUACUCCUUCAUUGCUCUUACGAAAAAUGAUGUCAUGAUGGCUUCUGCGUUUGAGUUCAUUUGUAUCCUGCAAAAAAAAAAAAGAAAGAAAGAAAGAAAGAAAGUUGACAUUAAAUA